UACAACGCCAGAACCACCGCAACUCACAACACACCCAACAUGGAGGAAGACAGAGCAGCAACGAACCUAGGACCGUCGGCCGAAGAUGGCUUAGUUGGCGAGCCCCCGGUGGUCCCGAGACAACCAAAGCGCCGCUUCGUGGGCAGGAAGACAGCGGAGAAGGCGACGACUUCGCCGACAGACCCCAACACCAACAUCGAGGACAGCACUGCAGUACAAGCUCCACAACCUCGUCGAACCGCUCGAGCCUUGAAUACAAUCCCCGAAUCCAUCCUCCACGAUCAAGACAUCAACGAUGCCAUCGCUCUCCUCCCACCGAACUACAACUUCGAGAUCCACAAAUGCAUACACAGGAUACGAACUUCUGGCGCGAAAAAUGUCACUCUCCAAUUCCCCGAGGGUCUCCUCCUCUUCGCAACCACCAUCUCCGACAUCCUCACCCGCUUCUGUCCCGGCAUCUCCACCCUGAUAAUGGGCGACGUAACCUACGGCGCCUGCUGCAUCGACGACUUCACCGCAAGAGCCCUGGGCUGCGAUCUGCUCAUCCACUACGCGCACAGCUGCCUCAUCCCCGUCGCCGUCACCAAAAUCGCCACGCUCUACAUCUUCGUCUCCAUCACCAUCGACACCCAGCACCUCCUCAACACCAUAACGCAAAACUUCCCCACGGGCAAGACCAUAGCGUUGGUAGGAACCAUCCAAUUCAACGCCACCAUCCACGGCAUCGUCCCCCUCCUCCGCCGUGAAGGCUACACCCCGAUCGUCCCUCAAAUCGCGCCCUUAUCCAAAGGCGAGAUCCUAGGCUGCACCUCACCCUCUUUGCCCAUCAAGCCGGGCCAACUCAGCUCCAAAGGCAAAGAGGACGUCGUCCCCGAUCUCCUCCUCUACCUAGGCGACGGCCGCUUCCACCUCGAAAGCGCCAUGAUCGCCAACCCUUCCUUACCCGCAUACCGCUACGACCCGUACUCGCGACGCCUCACGCACGAAACCUACGAGCACGAAUCGCUGUACUCGCUCCGCCGGACCGCGAUCCUCACUGCGAGAAAGGCGCGCACCUGGGGCAUCAUCCUGGGCUCGCUAGGUCGCCAGGGAAAUCCGCACACCCUCACGCUCAUCGAGAACGAACUCAGGCGUCGGGGAAUAAAAUGCAUCAACCUCCUGUUGUCGGAAAUCUUCCCGGGAAAACUGGCUAUGAUGGAUGAUGUAGAGGCGUGGGUGCAGAUUGCGUGUCCCAGGUUGAGUAUCGAUUGGGGGUAUGCGUUUCCGAGGCCGCUGUUGAGUCCGUACGAGGCGCUUGUUGCUUUGGGGGUGAGGGAGGCGCCGUGGUUGGAGGAGAGGGAGGGGGAAGGGGAACGGUUGAGGAGGGAGGGGAGGAAUCUGUAUCCGAUGGAUUUUUAUGCGAAGGAGGGGCUGGGGAGGACGACCAAGGAGCACGUUAGGGCGGCGGAGAUUGAGAUUACGGGAUAGACUGUUGUGCGUUGGAGGGGCUGUUGUGCAUAUUCGGCGUUUGGGUUGGUUUAUAGAUUGGUUGCGCAUCUGGGGCAUAAGGUCAAGGCGAUAUGGGCAUUCCCAAAGAAUGCGAAAUUUGGAUAUCGAAGACAUAGC